AGUGCCGGGGUAGGCGGCGGACAGCUCUACUUUAGACCUCUCUCCGCUAUUCUAUACCACCACUAUUCGCAAGCACUGCGCGUCGUCUCCACUUUGCCAUGGGCAAAAAAUGCGACGUAUGUCGCAAAAAGUGCUCAGGAGACGUCUUAAAAGCGAAUGACAAAUACUUUCACAUCAACUGCUUUCAGUGCAAAAAAUGUGGUCGGAAUCUAGGCGAGACGGGCUUCUACACAACACCAGAAAAUGCGUAUCUGUGUCCCGACGACUUUCGCGCCGUAUCCAAAGAGAUAACAGUGAAGACGACGACGCAACAAGCACACGCGUCUUCCUCAAGUGCGGCGACGCCCAAAUCUCCGGAGAAAUCAAAUGGUACAACGGACGUGUCGUCGAGUGGAGCCGCUAAUGCCACGCUGCAGCAAAUCUCUCCGCUCGGAUCACCAACAACGUGUGCCGCCUGUGACCAAGCUUUACAUUCGGGUCAAGUACUUCUCGCUCUCGGUCUUUCAUGGCACGUGUACUGUUUCAAAUGCAGCGAGUGCUCAGCAGUUCUCCAUGGAGAGUACAUGUCACAUCACGGAAAACCAUUGUGCCUUCGAGAUUAUAACGAGAAAUUCGGUGUCAAAUGUUACGAGUGUGAAAAGUUCAUUGCUGGAAAAGUCUUACAGGCUGGCGGCUACAAAUUCCAUCCAACUUGUGCCCGCUGUUCACGAUGUGGAUCUCAUUUUGGUGACGGUGAAGAGAUGUAUAUGCAAGGAGACGAGAUCUGGCAUCCAUCCUGUGAGCACGCGCGGACCACCGAAAAUAUCGCGCCAACUGGACGUGCUGCCACAUUGUCUCGAAAUGAGCCAAAAUAUCAAUCAACGUUUGGACAGCAUCAAGCAUACAUGUACUUGUUGCCAGAGGUGGAACAAACCUACUUGAGACAUCCAGUGAUGAACGCCAAGGAGCCAAAUGCUCCACAAUACCACGUUCCACAAGGACCAAUCAAGAUUCGCAAGUCAAGGAUGUCGAUGCUCAAAACUGGAAUGCAAAGACUUACGGAGGAUUUGGAAAAGAACAUCCCACGUCCAAAAUCUCCACACAUGGACAAUGAGGAGCCAAUUGAAUUAGCUCACUAUCCAGCUGCACAUGUGCCCGAUCCAGACACGCUUCCUGCUAUCGAGCGAGAGGAUUUCCCUGCUCCACAAUUCCCGUAUGCCGUCGAAGAACUCAAAAGAAGACUCUCAACAUCAUCGGUUGAAAAUGAGAUUUCCGACGAUGAAUACUCGGAGAGCGACAAGGUUGACGAGGACAAGUUGAGAAAGACUGUUGAAACUUUGGAGAAGUAUAAUGAUUCUUCCAUUGCUCACGUCAUCAGGCAAAACAUCGAAGACAGUCAUAAGAAGCAAAGGCUGCCACUUCAUUGGGAUCCAAGAAACGCAAGCAGAACCCCAUCUGGCAAGAAAAUGCCACAUCUCAAAUUCCGUUACGACGUCCCAAUCAAUGCUUCGCCAUCUCGUCAUCUCAAUCGUCCGCGUCCAUGGGUUGUUUGGCAAGGAGGCGAGAGAGACCAGGGAAACAAUACACUGCCGUGCUUCCACAUUCCAGAGGAUAGCCGGGCGAAUACACUCAGAGCCGCCACACUUCCGACGGAAUUCGGACAAAACUUGUCGCUUGAGAACUUGGACACCACAAUUAGCAGCCACUAUUCUGAACACUCGACGACGGAAUCUGGAACAGCUGGAGGACCUCGCUCAGCUGGUGGAGCUGUGCUUCGCUCUUCUCUUCCUGACAUGAGCAAACCUGCCAAGCAGUACGACCUGCUGUUUCUCCAAACGACAAAUUCGGACCUCCCAGAAGAUGUUGACAGACAACAUUUGGAACGACACUUGCCGCGAGAUCAAUUUGAGGAGAUCUUCAAGAUGUCCUUAAUUGAAUUUUAUAAGCUGCCCGAAUGGAAGAGGAUCAAUUUGAAGCGAAAACACAAACUAUUCUAACAUCCUCGUUUUAGCUGUCGUCGUCUUUCCCUCACCCUCACCAAAUCAUCUUGUUGCCUGUGUCUUAAACAAAACGUUAGGUCGAAUUUGUUUUCUUUUCUCCACGCGUAACUUUUUCAAAUACUCUUUUUUUUGGUCCAAUCUAUUCUCAUCCCAAAGUUGCUCCUGUUCUGCGCAUAAUUUCGGCAGUCAGUGCAUUCGUGUUUUCGGAAAAUUUGCAUUCAUUUCUUCCUACUUUCUCUUUAUGUAUUGAUUCUGAGGCACUUUACUACUCUGUUAUGUUUUCUGAUUUUUAUGCCAAAAUAUUGACCCAAACUUCUCAAAAAUAUCUUUCGGGAUAUAGCUUGUCAGCUUUUAUUGCCGCUUUCAACUAGUGUUUUUCAUUCAAAAUUUGUAAUUUCUUAAUCAACUUUAAAAGUAACUUUAAUUUGUCUUCUACGCGGAAUCUCGGUUUUUUUCUCUUCUUACAGUUUUUCUCACAAAAGAUUGCAUUUUGCAUGCGUGCUUUCUUCUAUAUGAAUUGGUGUUCAACGUUUAAUUGUCAUUACAUUUUUAUAUUAUUCUAAAUUCCCCUCACAUUAAUAAGCUUUUUUUAAAUUGCUUAGAUUAUUCAUAGCUUUUUUAAACAAAAAAUGCUCAUUUUUAUUUUAAAAUCAAAGUGUAUACCGCCAGUAAAAAAGCUGUAAUCAAAAUGAAUAAAACCUACAGUAGCUAGCUAACAUGGGUUUAUCAUUUCUUUUUUAUUUUACACAUGUUGCCUCUUCUAGGCAAAUGCUUGUUUCCCAUUUGUCUCAAUUUACCUAUUAUAUCCCCGUUAUUUGUCUCCAAGUCAUCCCAUCUUCAAUUUUCAAUUGUAAAAGAAAAAAAACUGAUCAGAAUAGGUUAUUCCCCAUUAUUUUAAUUGUUUUUUGUUCCUACUUCACUUCUCUCCUAUAUGUUUUCAUAUUCAAAAUUUUGUCUCCACCAAAUGGGAAAACAUUCUAUUCUUAUUGUUUUGUUCUUGAAUAAACUGCAUAUGCUUCGCGU